AUGGCCCAGUUUGUCACCCACAUACAGCCGACUCUGAUGGAAGCUUCACAGGGUCAUGUUCCCCAUCACCAUGCACAUCAGGUCGGCGUUCAACAUUCAUCGCAUUUGCCACACAGUGGACAUAAUAUGCCAUCACCGCCAACAGCACACAAUCAUCACCAGAUACACCAUCAACAGCAUCAAUCCAAUCAUCAUGGCUCAGUGUCUUCGCCACCAGGAGGACAUCAUCAACACCAACAGCAUCAUCAACAGCAGCAUCAUCAACAACCAAUACAGCAGCAGCAACAUCACCAUUCAAAUCAUGGACCAGGAAAACACUCCGGCACUGGUGGAAAGCACGAACAUUGUCCCAGUGGUCAUCAGAGCUCGGUAAAAACAUAA